AUGGCUGAAUCGCAGGAUAAAUCACUGCACACAAAGACGGAUGGCAUAGCUAUCUCGCCGGAAGCUGCCUCGCCAGAUGUGGAGGAGAAUAUGAGUAUCGGCCGGUACAUCGUGACUCGGAUUCCGAGCUUGAAGCCGCCGAUGAGAAAGGCGCCGAAUCCCUUCACAGCCCUUGCUCUUCUCAACUUUCAACAAUGGAUGUUUUUCUUGGUCGCAUUCUUGGGAUGGAGCUGGGAUGCCUUUGAUUUCUUCACCGUUUCGCUGACGGCAUCCGACCUGGCGAAGACCUUCGAUAAAUCCGUUACCCAAAUCACAUGGGGAAUUACAUUGGUACUGAUGCUGCGAUCCGUAGGCGCAAUUAUCUUUGGAAUUGCAGCCGACCGAUGGGGUCGCAAGUGGCCGUUUGUCGUUAACCAGCUCCUAUUCGUGGUUUUGGAACUCGGUACUGGUUUCUGCCAAACAUACCAACAGUUCUUGGGUUGUCGUGCACUCUUUGGUAUCGCCAUGGGUGGUCUCUACGGGAACGCAGCUGCAACAGCAUUGGAAGACUGUCCUCCUGAGGCCCGUGGUAUCAUCUCUGGACUAAUGCAGCAAGGUUAUGCUUUUGGAUACCUUCUCGCAACAGCUUUUGCUCGUGGAUUGGUCAACACAACCUCGCAUGGAUGGAGACCUCUCUAUUGGUUUGGCGCGUGCCCUCCUAUUCUCAUCAUCGCUUUUCGUUUGUGUCUGCCGGAGACGGAAACAUUCCGCCGUCGCCAGGCUACCCGGGAGGAGGUUCGUGGUGGUGUGGCCAAGUCCUUUAUCGAGGAAGGAAAGGUGGCUCUAAAGCGACACUGGCUUUUGUUGAUUUACCUCGUCUUGCUCAUGGCUGGGUUCAAUUUUAUGUCGCACGGUUCUCAGGAUCUUUACCCCACGAUGCUGGAAAACCAGUUCGACUUCUCGGCCAACGCAGUCACAGUUACACAAGUCGUUGCGAACCUCGGCGCAUUAACAGGAGGAACUUUAUGCGGAUGGGCAAGUCAAAUCUUCGGUCGUCGCUUCUCGAUCAUCGUGAUCUGCAUUGUAGGUGGAGCACUACUCUACCCUUACACAUUUGUGACGACUCACGCCGUCAUUGCUGCCGCAUUCUUCGAGCAAUUCUGCGUCCAAGGUGCUUGGGGUGUGAUUCCUAUCCAUCUUAUGGAAUUAUCUCCUGGAUCUAUCCGAACAUUCGUAGUGGGUACGGCCUACCAACUUGGUAACCUAGUUUCAUCCGCCAGUUCCACCAUCGAGUCAACCAUCGGUGAACGAUUCCCCCUCCCGCCAACUGCAAGUGGCACCAAACGCUACGAUUACGGCAAGGUUAUUUGCAUCUUCAUGGCCUGUGUAUACGUCUACACUAUCGUUGUUACGUUCGCUGGACCAGAGCGUCUGGGUCGUAAUUUCGAUGCCGAGCACGAUGCUGACCUGGCCAUUGUCGCGGCUCAGCAAGGAAUGGAUCGGGAGAGUGAUGACCCGGAGAAGGCUACAGCUACACGACACGAGUAG